AAAUUAUAUUCCUUUUAUUUGUAUAUACAUAUAUAUAACACUGGUAUAUACUCUCUCUUCCUCUCUCUCUCUAUAUAUAUGUAUUUAUACAUAUAUAAAAAUUGGCAAGAAAAUAAAUGAAUAAGUAAACAAGGCAAGGCAAGGCAAGCUGGACACAGGUUGUUGGUGGUGUUAUAGUGCUAAUAUGAAUCUGUAACAGCAAAGAUGCCAAUGUAAGUUGCUCCACUCUCUCUCUCUCUCUCUCUAAUAUUCAUUAUUCAAGUUGCAAUAGAAGGCAACCAAAUAUACUGCUUUACAGCCCAAGCCCACACAAAACAGAAGCUUGAACCAAACCAAAACCUACUCUUUCUUUCUUUGUGUAUUUAUUGUUAUAUAGACACAUACACAUAUAUAUAUAUAUAUAAAUAUAAAAAUUCAUCAUCAUCUUUCUCUUCUUCUGCAAUAUUCAAUCUGUUUUUCUUUACCUUUUCUCAUCUUUUUUUUUAAUGUUGAUUGGUCUGCAUCAAAAAGAAUAAAAAAGGGUUCUUUGUUUCUGUAUGUAUGUGUGUGUGUAUAUAUAGAGAGAGGGAGAGAGAGAAAAAGGAAAGAAAUUGAAUUGAAUUGAGAUUUGGUGAUUAGGUAAAGAGUUGCAGUUGCAUUAGUAAUAAAACCCUGAAAAAAAAGCUUUGUCGGCGCAAGUUUACUUUCUGUCGGCAUUGUCUUAAAGAAGACCAGCCAUGACAGGCAGACAGUUUCUCUCUCUCUAUUUCAUUAUUUUCCCCUUAAUUUAAUCAGAAAAAUUGAUUCUUUCUUCAAUUAAUCAUCAAAGAAUUGGUCUUUUCAAUCAUUUCAUUUCUGGGUUUCAUUUAUUUUUUCUUCCUUUCCCAUUUGGGCAAAUGAAGCUGAGGAUCUUUUUGAGGAAUACAGGUUUGUUUGGAGACCCUUUUUCACUUCUUUAAUUUAACUUUAUUCAGAGACACUUAGAAGAGCUUAAAUAAAAGAAAGAUAGCUCUUUUUUCACUGUUCACUGUACAAUACAUAGACCUUAUCUAUACAACAACAAUAACAAUAACAACCCAUUCAAAAAAAAAAAAAAAAAACAAUAACAAUAACAACUAGGUAUAUAUAUUCUACCUUUUUCUUAUCUUAUCUUAUGCUUUUUUUUGGGGGGGGUCAACCCCUUUAUAUGUAUAUGUAUAUAUAUUUUCAGGUUUAAUGUAUGAUAAUACCAUUUGGGUUAGUUGAAAGGGGUUCCCAUACCAAAUGUCAGGGACUCUUGCAGCAAUAUUAGGAGGUGCUGCAGGAGCUUUGGUAUUGGUUGGGAUAAUUGUUCUAUUCAUUUGGUUCUAUCUAUCUCGCCAUAGAAGUGUUUCAAGAACAUCAGAGACAGGUUCUUCUGAUCCAUCAAUACAAGUUGGAAGGCAUGUUGGGGUUGAGUUAUCCUCAGUUAGAGAAACCAGGCGUUUUCAAAUGGAUGAAUUGUCUCUUGCUACUAAGAAUUUCAGUGACAAUAAUUUGAUUGGACAAGGCAAAUUUGGGGAGGUAUACAAGGGUUUGCUUCAUGAUGGGAUGCUUGUUGCUAUUAAAAAGAGACUUGGAGCUCCCACACAAGAAUUUAUUGAAGAGGUGCAUUAUCUCUCACCUAUACAGCAUAGAAAUCUUGUUACUCUUCUGGGGUAUUGCCAAGAAAAUAAUCUACAGUUUCUUAUAUAUGAUUACAUUCCUAAUGGAAGUGUUUCUGCUCAUUUAUAUGGCACUGCUCAACAUCCACGUGAGAAGCUAGAAUUCAAGCAUAGACUUUCAAUAGCUCUAGGGGCAGCUAAAGGUUUGGCCUAUCUUCAUUCUCUAAGUCCCCGUUUGGUACAUAAGGAUUUUAAAACAGCAAAUGUUCUUGUAGAUGAAAAUUUCAUAGCUAAAGUAGCUGAUGCUGGAUUAAGGAAUUUCCUUGGAAGAUUUAAUAACAACAAUGCAGGGUCAUCUUCUCAAGCUGCAGCCGCCGAUGAAAUAUUUCUUGCACCAGAGGUGAAGGAAUUCGGACGAUUUUCAGAGAAAAGUGAUGUCUACAGUUAUGGCGUUUUUCUUCUCGAGUUAGUGAGUGGAAGAGAGGCAACAGAUGUUCCAUCGUCCGAGUCAAGUCAGAACCUGGUUGAAUGGGUUCAAAAUUUCCAAGAAAAUAGCAAUGUGGGGAGCAUGAUUGAUGGAAGAAUGGGGAAUAGGUUCACAGCAGAAGGGAUGGAAGAGUUGAUAGAGUUAAUUAUUCAAUUGGUUCAAGUCUCAAGUGAUAGGCGUCCAUUGAUGAAUUAUGUGGUUAUGCAACUUGAUAAGAUACUGGAGAAAGAGAUGAGCUUAACCACAGUCAUGGGUGAAGGAACACCAAAUGUCAUACUUGGAAGCCAGUUGUUUAAGGCCUCCAAAUGAAAAUUAUAUAUAUUUCUAUAUAUAUAUAAUAUAUUUAAAUUGCCUAUAAAAAAAAAAAAAAAAAAAAAAAAAAAAAAAAAAAAGCAAAGAAAAUCAAAAAUAAAAAAGCAAUCAUGAGUGACCAUAUUUGUGUUUUUUUUCUUCCUUCAUUAUUUUUACCUGUAGAGAACACAUCAGAUCAGAGGGUGCAGAUAUUAGCUGUUAGAUUAAGUGUAUAAACAACAGCUUCUGCAUUAUUUUUUUGGUUUUUUGUUUUAAAUGUCCAAAAAUUUAUUUAUAAAACUUGUUGUAAAAUUAAACCAUUAUUUAUUUGUUAAUAUUAAAGCAUAAGGUGUGAUUUUGCUCUUAUAAUUUACUUUCCAAUGCUCUUUUCUUUUUUUCUUUCUUUAUUUGGGUAGAGCUCUGCAAAUUAGCAUAACAAAAUCCAUACAAAAUUUACCAAAAGUGUAUUGUAUUUGUAUUGAUUGGAUUGUCAGUACAGUUUACAGACAAAUGUGUCUCUUCAUGUAUUAUUAUUACAUACAAUCAAAUUUAUCAAAACUUGUAGUAAGUUUUAUUCUUUAUUCAACUAUCAAAGAAUUGGUUAUCUCGUUUGUACAAAUCAGUAUCAAAACUUUUCAGGACAAGUGAAUUGACAAGACUAAGACAUGUUGUUUCCUUGUUCUUGCUCCUAUUCACUUUUGGAUCAAUGAACUUCCAUUGUUGGUCAUAAUCCUGUGUAACACAAAUCAACAAAACAUUUUAGUCUCGACAAAAGAUAAAACCGGCGAAGAAAGCUUACUUUUCUUGGCAGUAUCUAUCUAAGGAAAAUCAACAAAAUAAUUGGUAGGGAGACCCAUCAAAGCCUUCUCUUUAAGCUAUGAUCAUGAAUAAGUGCAAAAGAUAACAAAGUGAAUAAAGGUUACCUUGUACCUAAAGAUAAGCCCUUACUGUCACCAACCGAUACUGGCAGUAUCUAUCUAUAUAUCUAUGGAAAAUCAAAACAUUUUCUUUGUUUGCUGUUUAAAUAUGAAAUCUACACUUGGAGCACUAUUUCCAUACUUAUGUGGAAGAAGAGAACAAAAGUGAAUAAAGGGCAGCUAAUAACAAUGAGAUUUGUGCAACAAAAUAAUUGGUAUGGUUCAAGGCCAGGGUGACCCAUCAAAGCCUUAUCUUAAAGCUAUGAUCAUGAAUAAAUGCAAAAGAUAACAAAGCGAAUAAAGGAUGGUAUCUUACAACAAAAGAUAACCCUUACUAUCGCCAUAUAUUAAUCGUUCUUAGCAGUAUAUAUCAACAAUUAUUAAGUUUGCUGUUUAAAUAAGAAAUCCACAUAGAAGAAAAGAACAAAGUGAAUAAAGGGUACCUUAUAACAAUGAGAUUUCCACAACAAAAUUUUCGGUAUGGUUCACAACCUUCUCUUUAAGCUAUGAUCAUGAAUAACAGUAAUCAAAUUCAAGUCCUGUAAAUGAAACAUUUGGUGAUAAAAAAUUGAGUGGCCACCAGCCAAGUCAAGUCUUUUCCGUUUGUAUGGUAUCUCCUAGCAAUGCUGAAAACAUAGCAACAGAGAAUAACACAAACAGAAAGGUGUAAAUAUACACAAUUAUACCAAUCAAGACAAUGUAUGAGGAGAGUUAGAGAUUUACAAGUUUGAUGAAGAUAAAUCUGUUGUAAGAGCCGAGUUCUAGCUUUAUUAACAGUGUUGAAACAAAGGUAUAUAUGAGUCUCUAAAUCAUCAAGCUGAUGAAUAAAUUUUGAUUGGUUCUGUCUAAGCUGUUUAACCACUUCUUGUAUGAGAUACCUUUCUCCACCACAAUUCAAACCCAUCUGAACAGAAAUCUUAUCUUCCUCAAUGGUCGUUUGCAUACGAUCCACAAGGCUCUUCAAAGUAAUCAAAUCCUCAUUAAGAGCAAAAGUACCUUUAGCUGCAGCAUCCAAUUGAGCAAAGCGAGAAGCCCUUUUCCUCAUAGGCAAUGCAUUAGUACAGACCACAAGGGAAGUAAGAGCUCUGGUAGUGAGAGCCACAGGUCUAGAACAGAAAGCAGUCUCAAAGAGAAGACUAAUCAAAGAUCGAGACUUUCGGAGGCGACGAUCGAGACGUUGUCUGAGAUUCGAGAAACAACCGCGGAUGUGAUCGAAGCUGUGGUGGUGGGAAUCGUCGGAAAACGAAAAGGGAUUUUGAAAAGAAUCGAACUUAACGAAGAUUUCGUAGGCCCAAUUGCAUUGGGAUUGAGAUAGAGAGUCCGAAUCUUCUGGAAGGAUUUGGAGGAGUUCGUGUAGAGGCGAGUAAAGUUCGCGAGCACGGAACACGGCGUGCUGGAGAUUGAGACAGAGUUGGGAUGUGUACUCGCUGUGAUCGAAGUAAUCGGAGACGAGUCUUGUUAGGGUAUUGGGCUUAGCAUAACGGAGAGCCUCUUCGAUGCAAUCGCGGUUAGGGUUAAGGACUCGUUCUAAAACGACGGCGUUUUGAUCUUGGUAAUGGAUUUCGACUGUGGAACGAAUCUCUUGGUAGGAAUUGGAUUGAAUUGCGAUGGAAUACUCGCGAGAUAGAUUGGGAGAGGGUUGAGUGCUGGCCAAGCUAGCUGUAUCUCCUCCUCCACGGUCGCCAUUGGCGGCGGCGGAAUCAGCUGUGGGUUUUGAAUUGUAAAAACUGUUCCUUUAAUGAUGAUACUAUUGAUGAAAUUAUCGAAACCAGAAGAGAAAGGAGAAGCUUACCUUGGAUUUGAGAUUGAGAGUAAUAAUGGGAAUUGGGAAGCGACGACGGCGACGGAGACGGCGAAGGGUUUAGGGUGAGACAAUGGUGAAGCAUCUGCUUCGUAGUUAGUUUUACUGUUGUGUUU